CGACGCCUCCUCCUCCUCCUCCUCCUCCUCCUCCUCCUCCUCCUCCGGAGCUGACCCGCCGACCUCAUCCCUAGUCCGUGCUCCUCGCCCUUUCCCAGACCCAGUCCACUCCAUCUUCCUUGCUCCAGGAGCCUUCGGGGUUGUCCCCCCUUUUGGAACCGGAAGGUACUGCAGAGGCCUAGAGAGGGGAGGAAGGUGACAUCAAUUUGUGCACCUCCCAGACUAGAACCGAGAUACUGCUUGCCACCUUCACUGUGCUCAGGCCCGGUAGCACCCACAGGAUUGCCCAUCCUCCGGCAGCUCAGUGCGAAGGUGUGAACUCAGCUUCCUCCAGAGCCUCCCCACCAUGACCUCCAAGAAGCUAGUGAACUCGGUGGCAGGCUGUGCCGAUGACGCCCUUGCUGGCCUGGUGGCCUGCAACCCCAACCUGCAGCUCCUGCAAGGCCACCGUGUGGCCCUCCGCUCUGACCUGGACAGUCUCAAGGGCCAGGUGGCGCUACUGUCGGGCGGGGGCUCUGGCCAUGAGCCCGCCCAUGCCGGUUUCAUAGGGAAGGGGAUGCUGACGGGGGUCGUCGCGGGAGCCGUGUUCACCUCCCCGGCAGCGGGCAGCAUCCUGGCGGCCAUCAGGGCAGUGGCGCAGGCGGGCACAGCGGGGACCCUCCUCAUCGUGAAGAACUACACUGGGGAUAGGCUCAACUUUGGCCUGGCCCGGGAGCAGGCCCGGGCGGAGGGCAUCCCCGUGGAGAUGGUGGUCGUCGGGGACGACAGCGCCUUCACCGUCCCGAAGAAGGCAGGCCGGCGCGGGCUCUGUGGCACAGUGCUCAUACACAAGGUGGCGGGUGCCCUGGCUGAGGCAGGCGCGGGGCUGGAGGAGAUCACAGAUCGGGUGAGCGAGGUCGCCAAGGCCAUGGGAACCCUGGGAGUGAGCUUGUCCUCCUGCAGUGUGCCGGGUUCCAAACCCACCUUUGAGCUCUCAGCCGAUGAGGUGGAGCUGGGCCUGGGGAUCCACGGGGAGGCUGGCGUGCACCGGAUAAAGAUGGCAACUGCCGACGAGAUUGUGGCUCUCAUGCUGGACCACAUGACGAGCUCCUCCAACGUGUCCCACGUGCCUGUGCAGUCUGGCUCCUCAGUGGUGCUGAUGGUCAACAACCUGGGUGGCCUGUCAUUCCUGGAACUGGGCAUCAUAGCCGACGCCGCCGUCCGCUCUCUGGAGGGCCGAGGGGUGAAGAUUGCUCGUGCCCUGGUGGGCACCUUCAUGUCAGCCCUGGAGAUGCCUGGCAUUUCUCUCACUCUUCUGCUGGUGGAUGAGCCCCUCCUGAAACUGAUAGAUGCCGAGACCACCGCCUCGGCCUGGCCUAACGUGGCCAAGGUCUUGGUGACUGGGCGGAAGCGGUGCCGGGCUGCCCCCGCCAAGCCCCUGGAGGCCCCUGAUUCCACUGCUGCAGGAGGCGCAGCCUCAAAGCAGGUGGUGCUUGUGUUGGAGCGGGUGUGCGCCACCCUCCUGGGCCUGGAGGAACAUCUGAAUGCCCUGGACCGCGCUGCCGGCGACGGGGACUGUGGCACCACCCACAGCUGCGCUGCCAGAGCGAUUCAGGGGUGGCUGAAGGAGGGCCCACCCCCUGCCAGCCCUGCCCAGCUACUCUCCAGAUUGUCCCUCCUGCUGCUGGAGAAGAUGGGAGGCUCAUCCGGGGCG